CAAAUUUUUUCAUUCAAGCAAACACAGGAAAAAGAAUACAAAUCACAAUUUUACAGCAAAAAAAAAAUAAAAAAUACCGGAAUAAAAUCUAAAAUUCCUUCUUUUUUAUUUUUCUUUUAAAAAAUCUAAAAGUUCCUGUAUCUACCUUGCUUUACCAUCCAUGAAAUAAAUGGGCCAGGAGAAAACAUAUUUCCUACGAUUGUACAUAAAACCCAAAAUCAAUAACAGAAGCCCACUCCACACCACAGAAAUCAGUCCCCGCCGCUACGCUGCCGUGAAACGCCGUCCACCACCUCAACAAUGUCUCUUCUCCACCACCACCACCUCCCCACCAUAUCCUUCCUCUUUAAACCCACUCCCAACCGCACAACCCAUUUCCCCUCCGCCACUUUCUCCAACACUCCAUUCAAGAAACUCAAACCCACCGUUUCCCCCAUUUAUUCUUCAUCUUCUUCUUAUUACUCUUUCAACGACCCUUCUAAACCUCCGAAACCAGAAUCGUCUUCUCCGCCGGAGGAUGGAGCAUCAGAACCCAACCCUACGAUUGUGGACGAAUGGGGUGAGAAGACCGAACCCGAACCCGAACCGCUGACGAGGUUUUCUAAUCCGGAUCCUCCGGGGGAAGAAGCGGAAGACGAAUGGGGUGGUAAAAAUGAUGAGUUUGGAAAUGGGUCACCCGGUCUGGGUGUUGAUGAUGGUGAGAGUGAGAAGCUUGGGUACUUGAAGAGGGCACUGGUGGAUACGGUUUAUGGGUCGGACUUCGGGUUUCGAGCUUCCACGGAAGUUCGUGCCGAGGCACUUGAGCUGGUUGCUCAGCUGGAAGCUUCUAAUCCCACUCCGGCGCCGACUGAGUCACCGGAGUUGCUUGAUGGAAAUUGGGUUCUAGUGUACACUGCAUUUUCCGAGCUGUUGCCUCUUCUGGCAACUGGUAGCAUACCAGGGUUGAAGGUUGAGAAGAUAAGCCAAUCAAUUGACUCUGGCAGCCUAACCAUUGAUAACUCUGUCACGAUAUCUAGUCCUGUUGCAUCAAUCUCAUUUAGUGCCUCUGCUGCUUUUGAGGUAAGAAGCCCCUCGAGAAUCCAAGUUCAGUUCAAGGAAGGGACCUUCAAACCUCCAGAACUCAAGUCAAGCAUAGAUCUACCGGAAAGUGUCAAUAUUUUUGGGCAAAACAUCAGUUUGUCGCCAGUGCAACAAACCUUGAAUCCUUUGCAAAAUGUCGUCUUUGGUAUUGCAAGUUCUCUUUCUGGCCAGCCUCCUCUUAAGGUUCCAAUUCCUGGUGAGAGGACAAAAUCAUGGCUGCUAACAACAUAUCUAGACAAGGAUCUUCGUAUAUCAAGAGGAGAUGGGGGUCUGUUUGUGCUGGCUAAGGAAGGGAGUCCUCUUCUAGAUCAAUAGCCUGAUGAGGUAUAGUUAACUCUUCGCACAUAAAUGCCUCAAAGACACUCUCACUGUCGCAUUAUUUAUUUUUGCCAAACUGCACUGGAUGUAUCCUUGUAGGGUCUGCCGUUUGUAAGUUUUAAGUUGAGAGACCCCGAUAUGUUCCUUUCUUUGUGAUUUAAUCUGCUGGGUGUCGUAUGAAGUCGGUUAAGUAGCCAGGUGUAGAUAUUGUGAAUGGAAUUUUGUACUCUCCUAAUACAACAUAAGGUCAUCUUAAUUAUGUAAAAAGAAUUUAUCUUAUACACAGUAUAUAGUGUGUGAGGAUGCCAGUAAAUAUGUUUUCUUUUGGAUUCCUGAAUAGUAAGGUCUGGGUGGAGAACUUGCCUUUUAGCCAAUACAGUUUUGCAUUACUAGUUCACUAGAAUGCAUGUCUGUCAAAAGCAGUUCCUUAGUAUUUCUAUUGCUGGUGAUGGAGACAAGAUGAAAGAAUGAGUAGAUUCCAUUCCAUUAGAGACAAUAAAAUCAAAAUAUUUAACCAUUAGGUGAUUUAAAAUUGAAUUACAGAAAAUUUUCUUUGUUGUUGUGUUUGUGGACUGUAGGGUAAAUGUGAAUUGGCUUGCAUUACAUUGACAAGUUUUAAAUGUAAAACUUAGAUGUAUUGGUGUUCUCCAUACCAUGUGGUUUUAGACUAUUGCAAAUUUGAGGAAUACCGAUAAUGCUCCGCAUUAGCUUCACAGACUACCUACGAACUUGAAUAAAAAUGUAAGAUGAGCAAAAAUGAGAUGGUUGACGACAUAGUGGUGGAAAUACAAAAAGACUGAACGGAGUAAGUAAUGAAAUAAUGAAUACAUUAAAGAGAAGUGAAAGAAACACCAACAUAUGAGAAAAUAAGAGAGAAUGCUUAAGUCAAUGCUCUUGUGAAUUCAAUUUGAAAAGGAAGUGGGAAAGGCCUAAAAGGUACCAAUAGAUAAUAUAAAAUGACAUGAUAUUUGUAAAACUCGAGGGGUAUCUUUGUUUGACAAGGUAUAGCGGCAAGGUUUAUUCAUACUGCUCAUCCGGCAGAUUGAGUGGCGAGUUCUAGUCAUGCUGCUCAUCCAACAGCAAUACACAAAAAGCCUUAGCAAUUGGAGUUUCAUUCUUAUCAUUUUAAAUUAACAUAAUUACCUAUGCAUUUCACAUUGAGCAUGCAACAGGAAGGAAAGAUGUAGUACUCCCCAGCCCCCUGAGCAGUGUAUGUUUUGCACUUAUGAAACCUGAGUUGAAACUGAAUCGUCAAGUUUUGUUUAUUGAUCUGUAUUAGUUAUCCUCUAUCCAUAAUCAUUAUUUUUAGAUACAAACGCAUAAGUUGAACAGGCUAACUUUCUUUUCAACUUAUACCUUAACAUCUUGACUAUAAGCUGUAAGAUUAUGCCUAGAAGUGUUGAAGGUAGAACUGUAGGUAUUUAUGCACGUGCAAAACAAGUAAAAAGAGUAUAGGAAUCAGAGAUCUAAUUAUGGAACUUGAGACGAGAGCAUCAGUCUUAAAGGAUCCAGGAGCUUCUAAGAUGAGGUAGCUAAUCCUCAGACUGCCACAUUUUGUUCUGGGCAAAAAAUCCUGAAAAUGCAUGUAUGUGGAAGACACUUCCUUAAAAGGAUGUACAGGAUUGAUAAUAUGCAAUUCUUGGAUCAGCAACUGAGUACUCUUGCUUAGUUUUAUCAAAGAAAUUUGUUCUCUUCGGUUGUCAUCUGAACAACUUUGUUGAUCUCACCCGAGGUUUCCACCAAUAAAUCAGGUGCAAUGCAUCAAAGAUUGGACGUGUUUACGGCAAUUUGGAAGCAGUUUAACACCUGCCAUUCCGAAUCUUCUGAAGAAUCACACCCUUUCAACAAAUAUUUAUCUUUAGGGAAAUUACUGUUGUUAUAUAUGGUUCAGAUAUCCUAGCCAUGUUGAAGAUAUUGCUAACGCGCCUCUUGCGGUUUUGGUUGGGGAACCCUAUGUAAAUCCUCAAUUGUUACAGAGUGACCCGUUAAAGUUUUUGUACAAGUAUAUGAUCUGAAAAUGAAUGCAAGUCUUGUAUAUCCUUGGUUGUGGUUUGCCCUCAAUCAGCUAGUUCGACAGAAAACCGAGGAGGCAUAAGUUGCUUCGAAUAGUAUGGAUGAAUGGGAAAAAAUCUUCUUACUACAGUUACAACUUGCACCAAAUACUGUGAGAUAUCCACAUUUUCUUCUGGCUUAAUUAGAUUUCCGAAGUAAGAAUGCUUAUUCGUGCCCCUUUUUCUUUUUGCACACUUAUGUUUUGUACCUUGAUACCCUUUAGAUGGCCAAAUCUUUAUUGUUGGUUAUAUAGAGUUAAAAAGAACGAACCAUGACCUCAGUAAACAUAUCGUAUGAGUUCGUUUUUUUUUUAUUUUUUAUUUUUUUUUUAUUG